AGUUCAGAGUCGUCUGCUUGUGCAUGUAAUGCUGUAGUUAACCUUAAUAGUUCGUUGUAUACGUUAAGAUCAGGUAUUAAAUCAUCGCGUAAAAAACAACGCUGCGAUGGACGACAAAUCUGAAUGUUUAAAAACGAAUGAAGAAAUUAUAGAAGAGCUUACGAAAGAUCUAGAAAGUUCUUGUAUCAAAGAAAAUGAUAAUUAUACUACAUCAAACGACAAUAUCCAAGAAUCGAAAAAUGGUAAUCUAUCGAAUGUUUGCAAUGAACGUAUAAAACGAAACAGUGAUGAUGAUGAUGAUAAUUGGGAAACAAAGUGUAAAGGGGAUGCAAAUCAUGAAAAAGAUAAUAUGGACGAAGAAAUAUUAAAAGAAAGAGAACAAAAUCUUUCUGAAGAAGAAAAAGAAACUCUUAAAGCAGAAGCAGAAAAAUAUAAAAAUGAAGGAAAUGAUUUAUUUAAACGCGAAGAAUACCUUGAAGCAAUAUCUGUCUACACGCAAGGAAUUCAAACUUGUCCAUUAGCCUAUAGUAAAGAGAGAUCCGUUUUGUAUGCCAAUAGAGCUGCUGCAAAGUUAAAAUGUUUGGAUAGAGAAUCUGCAAUAUCCGAUUGCACAAAAGCUAUAGAAUUAAAUCCAAGUUAUGUGAAAGUAUAUGCUAGAAGGGCUCGAUUAUAUGAAGAGACAGAGAAAUUAGAUGAAGCUUUGGAAGAUUACAAAAAGAUUUUAACUUUUGAUCCUGGUCAUACAGAGGCAAAUUAUGCAGUUCGAAGAUUACCUCCAUUGAUUCACGAAAGAAAUGAAAAAUUGAAAACUGAAAUGCUGGGAAAACUGAAAGAUUUAGGAAAUAUGGUAUUGAAACCUUUUGGACUUUCCACGAAUAAUUUUGAACUACAAAAGGAUCCAAAUAGCGGUGGUUAUUCCGUGAAGUUUCAUCAAAAUCCUAGAUAAUACGAUAAUUGACAUAUAUAUUAAACAUCAUAAGAAUGGAUUCUGAAAACAUGUCGUGGAAUAUUGAUAUAUACAUACCUAUGUAAAUUCUGCUUGAAUGGUGUGUGCUUGUUGUAAUAAAAAUAUAAACAUUAUAAUAGAUAUUUAGAUGAA